UUUACAGCACAACGAAGGAUUCCGUUGCCAGGGUAACAGUCCAUACUCGCACGCUAUUCGAUGAAACGCUGCCGGAAAGCUGUUCGCUGUCAUGGAAGCUGCGUUCCGCGAACAGAUCCCCGUCUUUUGUUGACAAUUGUACUGUUUUAUCGCAAUUAAACCGACCGCUCGCUUCACCUGUAUGCAAAAUACAGCACGUCAUGGCCGAAAAGUUUGAUAACCUCGAAGAACACCUCGAGAAAUUUGUCGAAAACAUACGACAGCUUGGGAUAAUUGUCAGCGAUUUCCAGCCCAGCAGUCAAACCGGACUCAACCAGAAACUGAACUAUAUGAUCUCAGGACUGCAGGACAUUGAGAAAUGCCGACAGCAGCUUCAUGAUAUCAACGUACCGCUGGAAGUGUUCGAGUAUAUUGAUCAGGGUCGUAACCCUCAACUGUACACAAAGGAGUGCUUAGAAAGAGCUUUGGCGAAAAAUGAGCAGGUCAAAGGAAAGAAUGACACACUGACUAAAUUUAAAAGCCUCCUCAUUUCUGAGCUGGGGAAGGUUUUUCCUGAAGAGAUGGCUAAAUAUAAGGCCAUUCAUGGAGAUGACCCUCCUUCAUGAGUUACCAGUGACACAACACUUCAAACCCAAGAUGUACAUAUGUUGAUAUUAAUGCAAUUUUUUUUUACAGCUUUUUCAUUUUUGUAUUUGCCUUUGUAAUCCAUAAACUUAAAGUUUAAAAACUGAGGGACAUUUUGGGGUAUCCUUGAAACAGCUUUUUUUCAAAGUUUUUUUUUCCUCAUGCAUUGUAAUUUUUACAGCAUAUUUUCUUUAUUUUUCAUUGAAUAAAUGAUUAUUUUGUGCAAUGGUAAA